AUGACUGUUGUGGCUCCUUUGGAGAUCCGUGUCUUCUCUGACUUAGUAAACAAGGCUAGAGUGGCGGAAGAGUAUGCCAAGACCGUGGCGGCAUCCAAGGACACUCAUGGAGGGAGCUCUAGUCGGGGGCGUGGAAAGUAUUUUCAUCCGAGAGGACAAAGCUUUAAGAGAGGAGGAUAUGUGCCUCAAGGCCAAGGGGGCUUCAGAAAGAAUAAUCAGAAUCAAUUUCAGUAUGCUAAGAGAAGAGGAAAUCAGAGUAAGAGUUCUCCGGAUUUAGUUUGUGAUCAUUGUGGACGUUUUCACCCUUAUGACUUAUGCAACAUUAGUUUAGGUGGUUGCUUUAAUUGUGGGUUGCCUGGCCACAUUGCAAGGGAUUGCACUCGUGGGAGGAAUCAGAAUGCAGGCCAGAGCCAGCAUCAAGGUCGAGUCUUUGCUGUGAAUGCCAAGGAUGCUUCCAAGGCGGAUCCAUUGAUGAGAGGUAUAUGUCUAAUUGGUGAUAAAUCCUUAGUUACAUUAUAUGAUACUGGAGCUUCACAUUCGUUUAUUUCGUUUGCUAAAGUUGAGAAAUUAGGCCUGAAAGUGUCAGAGUUACCUUUUGAUCUGUAUGUACAUACUCCGUAUCAAACAAUUAUGACUAGGUCAGGUUGUAGACAAGUAGGGUUCAAGCUUGAGGGUAGAGACUUUGUGCACGAUUUGAUCUGUCUACCAAUGGUGGGGCUAGAGAUGAUUUUGGGAUUUGAUUGGUUGUCAAAGAAUCGGGUCUUGUUGGAUUGCUUUGAACGGACUAUUCGGUUUAUGCCGGAAGGAGAGAAUGGAGCAGUGGUAGCUAUGGGGUAUUACCUGAACUCUGUGAUGGUGCAUUGUAGUGAGAAGACCUUAGAUCAGAUUCCGGUGGUUAGAGAUUUUCCUGAUGUAUUCCGAGAAGAUAUCCCUGAGUUCUCACCUCAAAGGGAAAUUGAAUUGAUACCGAGAGCCGGACCAGUGUCGAUUGCGCCGUAA